CGUUGUCAGUACGUGGAGGGGGAGUCGUGCAGCGUGCACCAUGUUGUAUCACCUGUUGCUGCAGACAGUAAAGACACAACAGUCAGCAGGUGUAUCACCCGGUCAGCCUCACCUCCUGCAGUAUGAGCUUGAUGGCGGUGACGACGUGAAGGCCGUCAACGACUUGUUACAGGCGGCGAGCGGAGGGUCGUUGUACGUCAUCGCUGAUGAAAUAGCGAGUGAGUUGGGUAUUGGCUACAGAAUCAGCAACAAGUUCCAGACUUUGUGUCAGUUGCUGCUGACACAGGUUCCUCGUCUCCAUCUGUGGGCGGCAAGUUGUUUCCAUGACUACGCACCCGCCGGCUGGCAAAUAGAAUAUUUAACCAGACCCCUCCGCUCUCCUCCGGCCGUCGUCAGGGAAGUCGAGCAGGACAAGAGGAUCACUAGAGACCGUCAUGUACGGCCGUACAGAGAGCGAGGUGUGCCCGACCACACAGACGGCCCGCCAGUCACACGACUGUAUCACCGAGGUCAGGGUCACUCAGGUGACAGGCCAGUUGACUGUGUGACGUGCGGUCGUGAGGUGGCCAGCUUCCUACACAGUCUCCGUGUUGAUGUUACAGGGAGAAGCACAACAUCUACAACAUUGACCUCUACCAGUGGCGGCACAACACCACCCUGUCUACAGUGGAGAGACGUGCUGGUGUUGAGCUGGUAUAAAGUAAGUGAUCAGCUGGGUAUGGUCACAGGACUGCAAGAAGCAGGUAUCCCAGUGCGGAUGAUAAAGGAUUAUGACAUCGAGGACGUGGCAACGGCCCGCAGUGACGUGGUGUGGGUGGCGAGUGGACAUCGUGUUCGUGGUCUGGAGAGAAAAGUCGUCGUCUGUCUGUACGGUUUAGUUAGAUCUGAGUAUUUACCACUGUACAACCUUACCUCUCCCCGACUUAACUUCAUGUCCCGCUGUACGUCACAACUUGUGAUUAUCUCCCCUGACGACUAGCCGCUAGAAGGUGACUGACACUGACACUGACACUGACUCACCUGUCACCUGCUGUAGUCGUGUGUCAUCUCU